UCAAUCAAACCUAACAAUCAAAACCAGACAAACCGCCCCGAAGUUUGUGUCUGACUAUGCGCUAUUCCCAAACGAGACAUGGAUUUUGGAUUAAACCGAGGUCGCGCAACAACGAAUUUAGCUGUAAGAGUGUAGACACAAAAUUGUCUUGGAAUGUAAAAGUUCGUGGGAUCACACAUUAAACUCUUUUCAACUCUAGCUGAUAAACCUUGUCGGUUCGGAAGCUCCUAUCUGAAUUUUGCAACAACAUGUCUCCAUUUAAAAGUAUCAGUCAAAAAUAAUCUUCAUUGAACCUUUCUUUUAAUACACGAACAACCACCCAUAGACGCAUCACCAGUCCUCUUUAUUGUCUGUAUUGUCUCACGAUGACGUCACGUCCAAGCGAAGUGUAAUUAGUGAAAACUAGCUCUCCACUUAGUAGAGUUAUCUCAGGCUGAUAAUCCUACUAAGGUGCUGACUAAAUAUACCAUCUAAUUGCGAUAUAAUCCAGCUCCGUGUGAGCUCUGAGCAAACAAAUGAAAGUCCACAGCGCUACGAGCUACCACAAGCGGUACUCAAAGCACAAAAUCCUUUAGGACAAAAAACAAAGCGAUGAAACCCUCCAGUCUACGGGCACAACGGGUGUGACGUCAUGGGUCCCCUAUAUCGCUCUCUCGCCCUGGUGUUAUGCGUAUGCGUAUUAUCAUGCAGUGGUGUUUUGGAGCUGAACCUGGGCGUCUUGCUUCCAAUAGGAAACACUAAGAAUUCGGGUAUCGGCGAUGGACUCGUCUACGCUUUGAAUAUGAGUAUCGAGGAAGUCAAAAAGCGAAAUAUGCUAAGCGUUAAUUAUACUAUUAACUACACGAUCGCGGAUACGGCCUGCAAAGAAGUUACAUCGCUCCAGGAGGUGUAUAGAAUGGCCGAUAAGGAUGCGUUCAUCGGUCCUGCCUGCUCAUCAGAGUGUAUAUCUGCAGGACUUCUGGCGGCGGCGCUGGAAAAGCCCAUGGUCUCCUUUGCGUGCUCUUCGUUGGGGCUCAGUGACCGAAACUUGUAUUAUACUUUUUCGCGCACGCAGCCGUUUACGCAGACGUACAGCGAAAUAUUUCCCGAAAUUCUCGGAAGAUUUUUGAAAAUUCAUGAUUGGACAUCGGAUAUAAGUAUUAUCAGCACUGAAGAUGUUAUAUGGUCGCCAUUGGCGAUUGGUGUGAAGAACUAUUUAUUAAGUCAGAAUAUUAGUGUGCCGUACCUGGGACUUUACUCUACUCCGGCGACUGGUCAACAGUUCAGGAGCGUGGUACAGCCAAUCAAACGGCUAUCGAGAGUCGUCAUUAUACUGGCUUUCUCAGAAGAAGCCUCUAAAAUCCUGUGGAUGGCGAAUGAGCUGGGGAUGAGAAAUGGAGAAUACGCAUUUAUUACAUUAGAUUUUGAUACCAUUGAAGACCGCUGGGAACAUGACGUCUGGCCAAAUGUGUCGAAAAACGACCACUUUGCAACAUUUGACGGAAUUAUUGAUAUAUCGGUCGGAAAGCCAAGGGGAGAUGACUAUACCGAGUUUGUUACUCGCUUUAGAGACGUCCUUAUUAGCAAUAACAACAAGGUUACAGAAACGACUCUGACAUUUGGAGCCUACCUUGUUAAUGCCAUGCUGCUGUACACGUACGCUGUUAAUAAAACCCUAGCAGAAGGCGGCGACUACAGAAACGGCACAUAUCUCACAUCGGUCAUAUCGACAGGUGGAAAGUUAUUUGAUGGAAUCACUGGUCCAGUCGGUAUAACAAAGAAUGGGAACCCUGUGCCCUAUUUUGUGUUCUCCAACCGACAGAAUGGCACAAAUGUACCCACUGUUGUCAUUGAUCUUCUCUACGAGAAGGGAAACCCGGAGCAGAUGAAGACGUACAACACCACGAUCAUAUGGCCCGGAGGAGGCACCAAGGAGCCGAGGGCGGUACCCGUCUGUGGAUUUCUUGGCGAGAACUGCAUCAAGGCUCCUGAAGAGUUGAGCGACUUCUACUUCCUGCUGCUGCUCGUCCCUCUCUUACUCAUCAUUAUAUUAAUUGUCGCUUUCUGUUAUUACAGGAAGAAGCUUUAUGAGAGAUCUUUGAUGGAUCCUUCAUGGCUCAUUAAAUAUGACGACAUUGUUUAUUCAUCACCUGGAAGCAAGUACUCUAGCCGGGUUAAAAGUCGUAUUUCUAUGAAUAGCUCCGGUGGGUUCUCGAAUCACGUGCAGCAGAGUAAUCUUGCAAACUAUAAGGGGGAGCAUGUUGUCGUCAAGAAAUUAAGGAAGACUCACCAGCAUUUGUCACGAGAAGUUCUCGUCGACAUGAAAAUGGUUCGUGAUCUUCACCAUGCAAAUCUCAACCGCUAUCUGGGAGUCUGUGUCGAGUCGCCAAACAUCUGUAUGGUCUCACGGUUUUGUAAUCGAGGAACACUACAGGAUCUUCUUGGUAAUGACAGUAUAAAGCUGGAUUGGAUGUUCCGCCAGUCUUUCGCCAAUGACAUUGCUACGGGAAUGGAAGCCAUCCACAACAGUCCUAUACAAGCCCAUGGCAACCUGAAAUCAUCCAACUGUUUGAUUGACAGUCGUUGGGCAUGUAAGAUAACGGAUUAUGGGUUGGACUUACUGAGGGCAAAUCAGACGCCGAAAGAUAUCGGGGAAUUUGCAGUAUACAGAAAUCUGUUCUGGACCGCUCCAGAGCUCCUCCCUUUGGCUGACGGGUUCAAAGAUCGCAAGAACAAGACCCAGGCCGGCGAUGUGUAUAGUUACGGCAUCGUCCUGUACGAGAUUAUCACCCGGGAUGAGCCCUACUCAACUAACACAGACACACUUUCUUCCAAAGAUGUGAUUGAGCUGGUUCGUAAGCGUCAGGAGCCUGCAUUCAGACCACAGUUCUCGAAGUUCAUGGAGGAGAAGUCGGGACAUAAGAUGGUACAGGUUACACAGGACUGUUGGGAUAACGAUGCUCAGAAGAGACCGACGUUCAGUGCCAUCAAGAAGAAGCUAAAAGCUAACGGCAUGGGGAAAAAUCUUAAUAUCGUUGACAAUAUGAUCACCAUGAUGGCGAAAUAUACGGACCAGCUGGAAGAUAUAGUGGAAGAGAGAACCAAACAGUUGGCCGAGGAGAAAGCCAAGACUGACGAGCUGCUUUACAAGAUGCUACCAAGACCAAUAGCUGACGAGCUGAAGAAAGGCAACCCUGUCUCAGCAGAGAGUUUCCAGAGCGUAACGAUCUUUUUCAGCGACAUAGUGGGCUUUACGAGUGUGGCGGCGCAAAGCACGCCUUUACAAGUUGUGGACCUCCUUAACCAGCUUUACACUCGCUUCGACAAAGUAGUGGACGAACAUGAUGUAUAUAAGGUUGAGACUAUCGGCGACGCAUACAUGGUUGUUUCUGGGCUCCCUGUGCGUAACGGCGAGCGUCACGCUGGCGAGGUCGCAUCUAUGGCGCUGAACCUGCUCAGCGAAGUGCGUGACUUCCAGAUACCGCAUAUUCCGUCACGCAAGGUGCAGCUACGCAUUGGCAUCCACUCAGGCUCGUGCGUGGCGGGUGUGGUUGGGCUCAAGAUGCCUCGCUAUUGUCUGUUUGGAGACACUGUCAACUAUGCAUCCAGGAUGGAGUCUAGUGGGUUAGCCCUUCGUAUUCAUGUGAGUCCCGAGUGCAAAGAAGUGUUAGACAGACUCGGAGGAUAUCACUUGGAUGAGCGAGGACCGGUCACUAUGAAGGGAAAGGGUACGAUUGUGACAUAUUUCCUUACCGGCAAAGACGGGUUCGACAAGCCGCUACCAGAUGUUCGGUAUGCCGCCGCGUUAGCUGAUCACGAGUUCAAGUGAAUCACCCAAUCUUCUUUGUGUUGUCAUACGGGACAUUUAUCCGCGUUGGGCUAGCUUAUAACAAGUCCAAGUGAGUCAGCAAGUUACUCUACGUGUUCUUAUACGGAACAUUAUCCGCUGUUGCGCUCAGUAUACGCGAUCACGUGAUCAGAUCAAUCAAACAAUAAUAAGUCGAGCCGUUGUACGGGAGACCACACGUGUAACUAAUCAGGAACCGUUCCACCCGGGAGUGAACAUAUAUUGCCAGGCACGGUUCUCCUCCAAUCAACGGGCUAAAUAAAGAACCUAUGGCUAGGCGGAUCGGCUUUUACCAAUCAGAUGCGAACUGGUCAACUACCAUGGUUACUUUGACAGUGCUGUGAGGUUAGCCAAUCAGGAUAGCCAUAGUUCGGAAAAAGCAGUUAUUCGCUUGAGAAUAGGGCAAAAACUUCAAAACUCUGUAGAUUCUCGCAUCCUGGUUGACUAAACUUCCAUAAAAGCCGCUUAAAACCGGUCUGUAAAUUCUAAAUAUGUACAGAUAUUUAUUAAAAAAAUCCCCGCAUAAACCACAGGCCUCCUACCCGCGUCAGUGAAGGAUUUCUUAAGACUCGAUUUUGGGUCGAUACUAUAAGUAUAUUAACAUGACUAGUAUGUUAAUAUACUUAUAGAUAUUUAUUUAUGUGGAUUCGUAUGUCCUUAGAAAUCUUUCACUGACGCGGGUGGGAAGCCUGUGCAUAAGCGGGAUGAUUAUAUUUUGUAUAAACAACCAGGAGACCAAGAAUGUAUUUUUAAUUUCAUGUAAUGUAUUUAUACACAAAUGUUGAAUUCGUACAUUUUUUUGCGGUGAUUUGUUUUACUUUUUGAAUUCUGUCGCAGAAAAUAUUUUUCUCCGCUUUGCUACACUAUCAAAGCAGAAGAAAAAGCUUAUGAAAUAGGAAUUAUUCAACCUAUAAUUUUAUUUCAAAAAGGUUGAGUUCGCUGCUCGCAGCAGAAAUACAUAAUAGUUUUGUAGCUUUCUAAAAUAAAAAUAUUUAGAGACGCAA